GUCUCACUGCGCGUGCGCACAUGGUGUGGAUCGCAUUCGGUCGGCUUGCCCGGUAUCUAGGCGCAUUCUCUCCUCGCCUCGACACGAUCCAGACGUACUUUCGACCAAGGCAGACGAGAAGGUUCCAAGAGAUCACAGCAAUGUACGGCAGAUUUAAACAUUGGAACGAAACCCAUGGGGAGACCGAAACCCAUGGGGAGACCUGUAAGGGUAAUGUGACCACCGCACCUGCACCGACAGGUGCCACCCACGGAAGCAAAUCCGGCGGCAUGGAUUUCAAAAUGAACCAAGAUGCGAUGUUCAAGACGCUGCAGAAUGCGCCUGCGGACAGUUGCCGUUCUCUCGUGAAGAAGUACCUCACGCCCGAGGUGUACGCACAGGUCAAGGACAGGAAGACCAAGCUGGGAGGCACCUUGGCCCAUUGCAUCAACACUGGAAUUGAGAACUUGGAUAGUACCAUCGGUAUCAUGGCCUGCGAUCCCGAGGGCUACGAAGUCUUCGCUCCUCUCAUGGACAAUGUGAUCAAGGACUACCACAAGUUCCCUAUGGACCAGCCCGUUAAGCAUCCCGCUUGCGACUUCGGCGAUCUGAACAAGUUGCCCUUUUCUGACCUUGACCCUGAAGGCAGGUUUAUCCUCUCCACCAGGGUGCGCGUUGGUCGCAGCGUUAAGGGGAUUCCGUUUCCUCCCGCGAUCGACAGGAAGGCGCGCAAACUCAUCGAAACCAAGGCAAAGGCUGCCUUUUCAUCUCUUGAAGGUGAAUACAGAGGUAAAUACUACUCACUGGAGACCAUGACUCCAGCAGAUGAGAGGCAGCUCAUUGAAGAUCAUUACUUGUUCAAGAAUGAUGACAGGUUCAACGAGAAAGCUGGUGUGUACAGGGACUGGUGCGAGGCCCGUGGCAUCUUCCACAACGAUGCCAAGACGUUCCUGUCGUGGGUGAACGAGGAAGACCACCUGAGGAUCAUCUCCAUGCAGAAGGGAGGCAACCUCGGCGAGGUCUACACAAGACUCAUCAAUGGCAUUAACCACAUCGGAAAGAACAUCGACUUUGUCUACAGCGACAGGUUAGGCUACGUGACUUUCUGUCCCACCAACCUGGGCACCACCAUGAGAUCAUCGGUCCAUAUGAGGAUUCCCCACUGUGCUAAAGAUGAAAAAGCACUGAAUGCUCUCUGUGCCAAGCAUAAUAUCCAACCUCGAGGUGUCCACGGCGAGCACUCGGAGAGUGUUGGCGGAGUCUACGAUCUGAGCAACAAGAGACGUCUGGGUCUGACCGAGAUCGAGGCUGCCACUGAAAUGGCCAAUGGUAUCCUGGCUAUCAUAGCUGAGGAACGACGGUUAUGCAACCUUGAGCCACGACAACACUUAAACAUGACCCAGGAUGAAAUGGUCAAGAAAAUUCAGGCGGCAACACCAGAGAAGUGCAACUCCUUGGUCAAGAAGUACCUGACACCUGAAGUCUAUAAUAAAAUCAAGGACAAGAAGACCGAACUUGGUGGCACACUCGCCCAUUGCAUCAACACAGGUGCUGUUAACAUCGACAGCAGUAUUGGCAUCAUGGCCUGUGAUCCCGAAGCCUAUGAAGUGUUUGCGGAUCUUCUUGAUAAUGUCAUCAAGGAUUAUCACAAGUUCCCCAUGGAUAUGCCCAUCAAGCACCCAGCCUGUAACUUUGGUGACCUCGCCAACCUGCAAUUGGGCAACCUAGACCCAAACGGAAAGAACAUUGUGUCGACGAGAAUACGCGUGGGUCGUAGUGUCAAGAAGAUGCCUCUUCCACCACUCAUUUGUAACAGUGACCGAGAGUACAUCGAGAUCCUCGCCAAGCAAGCCUUUGCCACUCUGCCUGAUGAUUUGAAGGGGACCUACUACUCCCUGGAGACGAUGACGCCAGAAGAUGAGCGACAACUCAUUGCUGACCAUUUCCUCUUCAAGAAUGAUGACAGGUUCAACGAGAAAGCUGGCGUGUACAGGGACUGGGCCAAGAGCCGUGGUAUCUUUCACAACCCACAGAAGAACUUCCUUGUCUGGCUGAAUGAAGAGGACAACCUCAGGAUCAUCUCGAUGCAAAGGGGAGGCAACGUGGAGGAGGUCUACACCAGACUGGUGAAGGGUAUCAACCACAUGGAGAAAAAGCUCGAGUUCGCCCACAGUGUAAGGUUAGGCUACCUGACCUUCUGUCCCACCAACCUGGGCACAACCAUGCGUGCAUCUGUCCAUAUGAGAAUUCCCCAUUCAGCUGAAAAUGAGACCGCAUUGAAUGCGCUUUGUGCUAAGUACAACAUCCAACCUCGUGGUAUCCACGGCGAGCACUCUGAGAGCGUGGGUGGAGUGUACGAUCUAAGUAACAAGAGACGUCUCGGUCUGACUGAGUUUGAGGCUGUAACGGAGAUGUCGGCCGGGGUCAAGGCCAUCCUGGCACAAGAAGAAAGUCUAUGCAAUCUCGAGCCUCGCCAACAAUUCAACAUGACUCAAGAUGAAAUGUUCAAGAAGCUACAAGCUGCAACACCUGAGCAAUGUAAUUCGCUCGUCAAGAAAUACCUGACACCUGAAGUCUAUGCAAAACUCAAAGACAAGAAGACCAAGCUCGGAGGCACUCUUGCUCAAUGCAUUAACACUGGGGCUGAAAACAUUGACAGCAGUGUGGGCAUGAUGGCCUGCGAUCCUGAAGCCUAUGAAGUGUUUGCAGAUCUGCUCGACAAUGUGAUCAAAGACUACCACAAGUUCCCCAUGGAUAUGCCUAUCAAACAUCCCGCCUGUGACUUCGGUGACCUCAACAACCUUCCAUUUGGUGACAUCAACCCUGUUGGUUGUGAUAACAUGAUCGUCUCCACUAGGGUGCGGGUCGGUCGCAGUGUUGCUGGAAUGCCCCUUCCUCCUCAGAUAUGUAAACAUGAUCGUCGUUACAUUGAGACCAAAGCCAAAGAGGGCUUCACUAACUUGACAGGUGAAUUUGCUGGUACUUAUCAUGGACUCGAAGGCAUGUCGUCGGAGGUCGAGAAGCAACUGAUUGAUGAUCAUUUCUUGUUCAAGAAUGAUGACAGAUUCAACGAGCAAGCUGGUGUGUACAGGGACUGGCCCGAGGCUAGAGGUAUCUUCUACAACAGCAAUAAGACCUUUCUCACUUGGGUGAACGAAGAAGACCACCUGAGACUCAUCUCAAUGCAGCCAGGUGGCAACCUCGGCGAAGUCUACAAGAGGCUGGUGAAUGGCAUCGACCACAUGGGGAAAGUGAUCCCAUUUGCCCACAGUGAAAGGCUUGGCUACCUGACCUUCUGUGCCACCAACCUGGGCACCACCAUGAGAGCCUCGGUCCACGCCAGGAUUCCAGAGUCAGCUAAAGACGAAAAUAAACUUAAGAAACUUUGUGCUCAGCACAACAUUCAGCCUCGUGGUGUCCACGGCGAGCACUCGGAGAGUGUGGGCGGAGUCUACGAUCUUAGCAACAAGAGACGUCUGGGUCUGACCGAGAUCGAGGCUGCCACUGAAAUGGCCAACGGGAUCAGAGCCAUUUUGACCGAGGAGUUGAGACUUCAGAACAUCACCAAGAAGUAAAUCUACGUGCCAUGUGUCAUUCAUAGGACUUGCCAAAUUAAUUAUCACACUUGAGAAUGUUUCAGAGCGUUGCCUGCCAAGGCUCGUUUUCACUGGUUGCUACCAACAGAAAUUGCAAAUCAAAUAGUGCACAUGGGGCCACUGCACAUGUUGAGAAAAGAACAUGGGACCAAGGUCACUGAUGACCACUGACACAACUGUCAUGUCAAUACUUAAUACAGGCUGCAGUAAACCUUAAAAUCUGAAUCUGUGUGUCCUUUAGCAGAUUCAAGACAAUCCCAGUUGGGCUAAAUAUCUUUAAAGUAAAUAGGAUCACACCAAACCUGAUAAACCCAUGAAUCAUCUAAAAUGCAUAGUUUUUCUCUUUUUCUUUCUCAUCAGUCAUCAGCUCUUUGAUACAUGCAAAUCAAACCAGUUUUUAUGUUAUAUUGCUUUAUCAAUUUGCAAACCCUAUGCAACAAUCAGUAGUUAUUUGGUACUGUUUCAAAUGCAAAUAACGUCGAGAGUAUUAGAUGUGCCGAGUAUGAUGACAGUGCAAAAUGGCAUUAACCUGAUAAUUUCUAUAUCUCUUGAUAAUUGGUCAUGUUCUGUAAUUGAUGCUACAGAUUUAAUCGUAAUUGUUCUGUGGAUGGGUCACCACUUGUUAUGAAUGUAGACACUGCAAAGACAACAUUCCUUGAAUAUGGUAGGCAGCUAUCAACGUGUGAUUUUAACUUUUGCUUAAUCAAUCUGUAGUUCUAGAGUAAGUAAGCCCUUUGUUUCUGUAGCUGUGCACAUUUUUUCCUUACUACGUCCAGUUGAUUAGAAUGGUUUGCGCGUGGGAGAUGAAUCUGACAAACUUGUACCAAUUGGAGUAGAAUGUCAUAGUGUGUGUGCUAACCAAGCAUCUAUGUGGCAAUUGAUGCUGUGUGUCACCUGUGACACAUUCUGCCAGAUAAUGUGCUGAUCAAGUUUCUGUUGCACAGGUGCCACUUGGUGCAGUGUGUCACUGCUUAGCAACAUCUGACACAGGUGCCACUUUUGCUGGUUUGGUGUCACUGCUAACUUGGUAUCUGUGAGAGGGACGCCACUUGCUGCAGUGGGUCAUGACUAACUUGGCGUAUAUAAUGUCUGUGUCAUUUGAUGACGAGUAAGUGGCCCUCCAUGUUGGCAAGUGGGAAGUGCAGUCAUUGGGUGAUAUGAAUAAAGGCUAGCAAAUGCUUUUACUUCAAUUUUGUACAGAAAGGCCAAGUGUAAAUGUACAUGGAGUUUUAGAUAAAAGCAUUUACUACUCUUUAUUCAUAUCACCCAAUGUGUACAUAGAUAUAAAUGUAUAAAGUUGAUAAAUAAAACUUGUGUUGGUUUCUCUA